AUGUUCACACACACCCGAACACGUGCAAGGCCCAGCAAGAGUACCUUCCUAGUAAACCUUUUAGAAACGCAAAAAUCGCAGCGAGCAACGACAAAGUGCUCAAGGCAACCCUGCUUUCUACAAGAGCGUUUUCCGGCUACCGCAGAGACAUUUGAAACAGCUUCAACCGUGUUGUACUUCACUGUUCGAGUAGAAUCUUCGUUCCAUCCUUCAGCAUGGAGCCAAUGA